AUUCCGUCCAAUCCUCAUCCCCGCCAUUUUACCCGAACUUCAUGAUCGGUCUCCAGCAGUUUUCUUUUCUCGACUCACACUCCCUCCCCUUCGGUCACCCGUCCAUUCAGCAUCAAUCGAAGCUUGCCCACCGACGCCUCUGGCUCCAAACUACGGCCUACGAAUAUAGUCUACUCCGUACUCCGUACCUAUAGUCCAUCGUCGGCUCAACCUGCCAUCGCCUACGGGUACUGUGCGGGAACAUUGCACCCCGACUUUCCGCUGCCCACGUUCCUUUGUCCCACGCACUGCUCCGCGCACUCUGGGAGCCCGGCCCAGGCCCGCUGCUAAUCACCCACCUACCAACCACUUUCCCUGUACCUCUUCAUAGAGGGAGCAAACAUGCGUUUCUUGGCUUCAACGUUUACUGCAUUCCUGCGCCGCCUCCAGCACAUAUCGAUACCUACCUCUUGAACCCUGGAAUGGAGCCGUUGAACGAUAACCGCGUUCCCUUCCAACCGUCCUUUGUCCUCGUCGCCUUGUCCUUUGCCUCGCUGACGUCGACAUUUCUUCAGCCGCGCUGGACGAACUACGGCGAUAGCUUCGCAGUUCUUCGCCGUUAGCUGCGUACGGUCGCAACUGUACUGCAACUGUACUGCAACGCUAAGUUGUCAAUCUUGGCCAUCAUGGCCAUCCGUACAGUAUUACUCCGCAUGCCUGAAUACCUACCGGAUGGAGCUGACAAUCUCACAAGCGGACGUACAAACUACAAACACCUCCAGUCCAGGAUCAGACGCCUCUGGCAUGCGACAGGACGCCAGGGCAGGACGCCAAACAGGUCACCCCCCGUUCGGAACCCAUCCCCGACCGCGCCAUGCUUGGUUCUGAUCCGCUCCCUAUGCAGGCUUCAUCCCAUCUUGCGGCCCCGGCCUUACAGCAUGCCCUAACCACCCGUCUGACGACGUCCCAUUGAGCACGGCCAGCGGAGUGGCCUUCUUGCUGGCAAUGCAGCAACCAGCCAUGCUCGACCCUCUUCCAUUCUCCCUGCCCGCGGCCUUCUCCUGGCAAGAGCAAACAAACCGUCUGAAUGGACAUGCACCUUACCAUUCUACCACGGUUAACGACGAAUGAGAACCAUUCCCCGCAUGUUCCGAUGGGGCACCGAAUCCCCAUCAAAAUUUGUUUGCUUGCCAUGCCAACGUACUAACUUCCGCGCCGUACCGCUUCCCGCAGGUGGCCCUGAACUGUCAAAAUUUUCGUCAAGCUCCAAGUCAACGCAACGGAGUCAUACACCGGCCUCUGCCUUCUGAGGCCCCCGCUCAACCCCGUCUAGAAGCAAGGGCGAACCUAAGCACUAGAAAUGGAUGCUACGAACACUAUGACACUUUGAAAGCCACACAAAACGCACCCACGCUGGCAUAGCGAGCCUAGCGGCGAACUCAACAUGGCUACUUGGGGGUCAUUUCCGUUCCUGCGAGACUUCGGGAUGGCAAAACGACGAUGAUUGCUAUUACUGGUAGGGAACGGCCGAAUCCCUGGCAUUGAUAUUUGGAGAGAGCUUUGAGCUAAGAGAGCGCUUGGUUGAAACUUACGUUGGAUAGACUGAACAGUCAUUGUCAUGUAGGCACCUCGAUCCGUAACCAAGCGGCGAUCUUGGAUGGCACAGUCCUCCUAACUCACAGAUCUCUAGAACGAAGCUUCCCAAAGGCCACUCAUAACAACCCGCGAGUCACUCUAGUUGCUUUUGUCGUCUCGCUAGAGUUAGACAGCACGCCAGCCGUACAAUAGUCGAGAGCCUUAAUUACUCGAAACAGGCGAUGUGGCAGCAUAGUCAUUGUUAUAUCCGGACGCGUGUAGCACCUUCAGUCUUGAGUCCAACACGACUUGUACCAAUGGUUUUCGCUUUCUGCUUCAUUCGACAACGACCCACCGUUCGAUAUUUCUUACUAGCAGUCCUAGCUUUCCGGAUCGAAAAGUCUAUGUGGACAUUUGUUAUUCCUUGCUUGGGUUGCAGUCUCCAUGUCAUCAGUAACCUGAUGAUUCCAAUACUUAAUGAAGCUUUUCAAAAGUAAUUCGGGUGCUCAAGGAAGUCUUUCAAGGCUUAUUUAGCGUGCAACAACAUCACGAGAGGAAAAGAAAGCCCUGAGACGAACAGCGCGGGCUCGAAUGAUGCAAUGGCCAUCCAGAGAUGCAGCCAAUGCCAUGUAAUCAACGGAGACCCGUAUAACUGGCAAGGCUUUUGCCGACCGAUGCGCCGUUCAGCCCGGCCCACCGCUGUCUCACUUCGACCCCUGCUCUUCGACAUGGGCUGUCUCCCACACCUUCAUGCACUCACACAAAUUAUGAUUUUUUUUAUCUGUCCUUACCUCUCGCAACAGCCGGCUACUCAGUUCAACUGAGAAUGGAUAGAGCGGUCAACGCUUCGACGAAUCUGGCACCGGCUCGCGAAUCUCGCACAAAACAGGUGUUCGAGUUGCUAAUCGUUGCCACAGGAUGGAAUCUGUCCAGCGCCUUGUGGUCCCCGUGGCCAAUCUGCCCUCAUCUGCCGCAAAUUCACACGUUGAGAGUCCAACCUCGUCAACUUAUUUGAGGUGAGUGGAAACCAGAGAAAUGAAGAGACAUCUGCAAAUCCAGAUACUCCGGGCUCUGGCCGAUCAGAGCCUUCAACUUGCGGGCCAUUGCAGCAGUUUUGCUCAGUCUGCAGACGGUUGGCAGCGGGGGUGCCUGGGGAGGAUGACCAGGGCUACGAGGAUCGCCCUCCGCAACCCUCGCACUCAGUGACAGCACAUGGUGGGUUUCUGGCCGGGAGGACUACGACUAGGGUCUCCGUUCGACCACAUCUGGCUGUGUUUGGUCUGGUACAGGCCAUGUAUGCACGAAGAUGCGUACCGCCCAUGUCUGGUACAGUACAUGCUCGACUUGGUCUGCUCACAGUAGUGCAAACACCCUGGAUGAGCUGGGGGGGUUGCCUCGGGAGGGGUGAGUGUGAACUGUGGUCUCCUGCAGACCACCUGUUGGGAUGUCGAGCUGCGGCAUUGGAUGGGAUGGUGGUGUAUCCGUACGGGGAACUCUUGACUCUCGAGCACACUCUCCCUCCUGGCUGGCGCCUGCCACACCUUAUCAGCCUGCGGACCAGGGAGGGAAGAAAGUGGAGGGUCAACCUACCUAGUCCUACAUACUCUCUCCCCUUGCACAGCUUCACAAGUAUCCGUACGGAUACCCUGCCUGACCACAUUCCACCACGUCCACACCUAAAGGCUUACCUGAGAAAGCCUUUUUAUUCUAUCCCGCCCCCCUUCUUUACUCCACUGUCGUCAGUCCCGCGCCGGAAAGACUUGCUGUUCUGCUUCAGGCGUGUGUGCUCAUCCGUUUUUCUUUGCCUUUUCAUAUGGCACUCAGACGGACACGUCCAUUCCAUAUUACUGCGGCUCACCAGUCCCUGGUUCUUUCAACUUGCAGUCCAGCCAAGAGCUGAAGGAGGGUAGAAGCUCACGUUGACUAGACCAGGGUACCUCCUGGUCUGACUUCCUACUUUUCUGCUCGUUCAUGUUUCCACAACUGCGGAUGCCGGUCUCGCUGCCCCUCGACCUCAAAUCGUCUGCGCGACCUCUCUGCUCAAACCCCCCUCGCUUGCGGGACACUGCUUCUCGCCCGCACUCCUCAGCUGGCUGUCACAUACCACGGCAACAAUCGAGAUACACUAAAAAGCCCUAACUCAGAUCAUUACGAGAGGUACGGGCCCGUCGACAAGCUCGACUCGCCUCCGCCUUGCAGGUCCAUCCUUCCUCCAAGAUCCACCUCAGCCCGCGAGCCUUGAACUCAUCUAGGGCCAUCACCCUCCACUGCUCCAGUUCGUGGUCAUUGGCUCUUUCCUUCUCCUCUGAUUCUCUUCCGAAGACAGCCGUAUCCAUUUUCCUCGUGUCGGCCUUGGAAGCAUCGCAAACGCGUUCUUGUUGGCUGCUUUACUCUCUCCCCCCUUCCUACUCCUCAGCAUCACCUUUUUCUUGGUCUACAGUCCAUACUACACAUUACCCUUCCCUCCCCGAGACAUUGCGUGGAGAGUUGCGCUCUAAGACAAAACCGCGAACCAGUGGAGAGGCUCUCCCCCCGAUGUCUCAAGCCGUCUUGAAAACAAAGAGGACUUUGAGGUCCGCCCUGGCACCCAGUCUCGCGAACUGAUAGAUUUGUUUGAACCACCCGGUCCCGCUCUCUCCGCCGACCUUUUUCUCCCAAAACCCCGUAACGCCCCUGACGGAUCACAAACCUCCUGCUUUGUCGUAUCUUUCACUUGGAACGUCAAUUUCGUCUCUUCAGCCACGAAGCAGCAUCUAGCAAUCUCACUGCACCAAGAUCCACGCUCGGAAGCUAUUUGUCUAGCCAACACUUACGAUCCGACGCAGGAUCCCGCUCCUAUUCUGUUGGUCUGCUCUGGAUCCCGAUCUGGCUGGUAUUCUUCGGCCGGACUGUGGAUUAUCUACUGAGCCACCCGCUCAACAAACGUCGGGGCGAGUCUUGCUCUCUACUCCAUCUACCCUCGCGCAGUCAAUUCGACAUAUCACAGCCAACCCCCAACAACAUCCCGUGGGCAUCAGGCUUGAAUAUCCCCCAAAACGAUACAAUCUUGCCUUGUGCUAGGCUUGGUCACGCCGGGAUCACAUUGAGGUCUGAAUUUUAUGGUCCCUUCCUACACACAUACUUCUGUUGCACAACAAUCAUCUCUCAGAAGUCCCACCCUCUACCACAUAUUGUAGGAUAUUCGAAUGCAGAUAUCAGCACCUCAAUGUUGUCUAACCAUUGCGUAGUUACACAUCGUAUUCGCCCCAUCACCUUCUGCAUUUGGUCGGUAGCGUUACACACCAAAAUCGCUUACGAUAGCCUCUUAAAACUCGCUCAUACGGCGACUCGGUUCUCGUGCCUUAACAAGUGGACGCACUCUUCUUCCUAUCGACUUGCUCUCUGAGCUAACUGUGCCGUGGCCAUGGUCCGCGACUACAAUCGGGAGCCUUAUCCUCGGCAAUGGCCCCCUGAAAGGUUUCCAAUUGACCAUCCACCCCCCGAGGAUGGUAGAUAUCACGAAGCUCGCGACGCUCGCAGACCUCCGAUGGAUAUCGAGAAGGCCCUCCGUGAUCACUGCAACAUUCCAGCCAAGAGAUUCUUCAUGGUAGCCGUGUUGGAUGAUGGCUCCACACAGAUGUUCAUGAAUACGCCGGAAAGACAACCCAACGCUUACAGCAAAUUCUUCAACUUGAAGAAUUUCGUUCGUCAUGUGAAUAACGUCAACCACGGGAGUGGUGUGCGUCCUGUUGCCGCCCCUGUUCAUGAUGAUUCCGAAUUCAGCCUCGAUGGUGAUGGCUAUCAACAAGCAUUUGGUGGCAGCUAUGGGCAUCGACACGAUCGUCGUCGACUUGGCGGCGAUAUCUAUGACGAGGAUGGAAGCUACAAGACGCGCAAGAGGCACAGAGCAGCUAUGGGUGGCGGCUACCGGAGACCUACAAACGACGAUGACGACGUUGCGAUUGUGGUUGCAUCCAGCUCCAAGAAGACAUUGAAAGUCGGCGACGAGAAGGACUUGUGGAAUCUCUACGAGCAACGAUUCAAAAAUUGCCAACAAACAGCCUGCAAGCUCAUCGCCAAGGCUUGGGUCAAGGUGGUUGAGCCCAAGAAGCAGACGAAUCACCCCUAUACUGGCCAAGACGAAAAGGCCCCCGACUGGUGGCCCAAGCCAUGGGGACCUACGAAAGAAGAGAAGGUCAGACACAAGGAGCCUGAUCAUCUCUAUAAGCGAGAGCGAGUCCACCUUCUGUGUCACAUACUUCGAAUGAUUGUGGAACCACCUGAGAAGCAACACCCGGCCAUCCGCAAAAUGAACUUGAGCAUUCUAAAGCUCGAGGAAGCGACGACGGAAGCAAUGUCGGCUUUCUUUGCGGACAAAGAGAACAAAACAAAUGCCAAGAAGAAGCCGUAUCUAGAUGAGAUUUUCAAGGUUGCCAAGAUGGAGGAGAGGUACAAGAACGGUGAAGUUGACGGGGAUGCUCAGGUUUUCGUCAUGUCGGAGGAUAAAUUCUCAGAGAAUUAUCCCUCGGACAAUGAAGACAAUGGCUUUGUCAAGGAAGAGGACGAACAUCCCUCAAUUACAUCUAGCGUAUCGCCAUCCAAGACGGGAGCACCGCACGAUCUCUUGCAUAACUCGACCAGCGAUCAUAGUCCGACAGGGCCGUUGCACGGAGGCCCUUACAUGAGCGACAUGCCGAUGCGCGGCCAACAGCAAUACUCGACACAGAUGCUUUCCUCAAAUAUGCAUCCCGAGCACCAUUUUGUGGAAACCAACAACAUCCACCAGUCUGGCAUGCCACUUCAAGACCUGGUACCGACAACACACGAUCCGCACCGUCGCGCGUCCCUGUAUACUUCACCUACGGAGUACUCAACUACCAAUAAUGCCGGGAUCUAUUCACAGCCAUGGCAAGGGAGCUCAGCAGCACCUGGUGGCGCUUCCGUCUACUCCUUCACACCGCAGCAACCCGGAACCGGACAAGGACACUUUGCGAACCCUAGUGUGCCACUCAACCAAAACCAGUACAUUCCCACACCGUACGACAACAUCUCGCGGAGCGGCUUUGAUCAGGUUUUCCGGCCUGUGAGCGCCAGUCAAACGCCGGUGCAGAACUCUCAGGGGUUCCCAAAUUACCUGCCUACCGACACACGCGGAUUAUCUGGGUCGGGCGGGAAGGCGGAAGCACUCGCAAGAGGACAAAUGCAUUGAUUUGAGACGAAGCGAACCUCGGACAGAUGGUUUGGCCAGCACGAGGCAUCAUGAAGUCUUCCGCAUAUUAAAUGGGGCUGGAAGUAACAGCACAGCUCAGGACUAAAGCCCAUUGCGGCAACACAUUAACGGCCUACACGAUCUUAGGGUGAUUUGGGCGCGUUCUCUCGACUCGACGACCACCGCAAUUUCCAAAGCAAAUCAACAAAAUAUUAGGCGCGACCAACACAGCAAUCACAACCUCAAGGCUACAGGAUUAGGUACAUCGGAACAUCAGAACGAGAAACCAAACGACGGCGUGAAAGGUGCUUUCCAGGAUUUUAAUGGGCACGGCCAUUGGUUUUCACUUUCCUAGGGAGCGGCAAUUCUACUUUCGUAUCAUCAUCUGCGGGUCAAAAAGCAAUCACUUGACAACGGAAGCAUAUCGGAGCGCAGCAGCCGGCGACAGCAGUCUUCAGACCACAUGAGCAGAAUAUGAAGCAAGGUGGGGUGGCGGGAACAUUUGUCAUUUCAAAGACGAUGACGACGACGACGACGGGUCGAGGUCGCGUCUAAUAGAGCGAUGAAGCGUGUCGGUUUGCUGGAGUUUUUUUCUGGAUUUACAACGAGGUCGAGGCUUGGGUUUUUACACAAUCUUCCCGGCGGCUAUCCGAUACUCGUGUCACGGCAUUCACGCUGUCAUGAGAGAAAGACACGUUUCCUUUUGUUCAAAUUUUUGCCAGUGUCUUUUUGCUUCUACUUCAUCUUCGUAUUGACCCCGAGCAUCAGCAUAUACGGAUAGGUUCACUCGGAGGAGAGGAUGCUUCUACGACAAGAAGGACGACUGGUUUUCUUUUGUUACUUCUUUUCUACCUCUACUCUUGUGACUUUGCUGGCUUAGGCCGUUUGUUGUUCUUGCUUUUUGUUUUUGUUUUCUUCGAAUUUCAUGCCAGACGAGGCGCUUGGAAGAAGAGAUGGGGGAGUGUUCUUGAAAAUCGUGGAAACGGCUGCAAUGGGUGCCAGGGGGACGGAGAAAAGGGUGUCAGAAAAGAAAAUGCUAUCAAUGGCUUGAACAGAGGGAGAGAAAGUAAGAUUUUAACAUGAUGUGAUGACGGGAGUUUGUUUUUUUCCGCAUUAUGUUCUUUUUUGGGGAGGUAUGACUGGGAAGAGGAGACGAGCAAGAGUUAUCUGAAGGACCUCGAGAGUUUGAUUUCCUUUUUUUUUUUUUGGCUUUCCGGCUUGGACAUUAUGGUCCAACUAUAGAUAGUCAGUAAUGGAACGGCAGUUUGCCCGAGAGCUUCCCCUUUUCACUCCCGACGCAAGAGUAAUGAGUGACAAGAUGUCGUUGAGAUUAGGUAGAUUGAGUAGCUGAACGUCUCUCCAUAAACGUCUUCCCGUUUCCUUCGUUCUCUCUUAGCGCCGGCUGGGGUUGUCUUGGCCCGUGUCAGCCUCAUGGAACUCCCAACGUCAAUGAGGCUCUGCUCUGGCCCG